AUGAGCUCCAGCGAUGCCUGCGACGCUGCCUUGCUGGCCUGGGCGAACGCCUGCUUGCAAAGUCACGCUGAAGAGCCGGCGCCCACCCUGGAGGCGGUGGUCGAUACCAACUCGGUCUCCGUCAUGUGCAAGGCCUUCGGCCUUGGCGAUCCAGACCAAGGAGCCAGGAACCAGCCGGCGGCACAGCGGCGGCGGCGAGUGGCGCAGAUGCUCAAUUCCUGGCGAGUAGGCCUGGUGGAGCUGUCCGUGGCCGAGCUGGGGGGCCCCGCAGCUGCCCGGAGCCUCACCGCCGCGAUCCUGGUGACCGCGGUGGAGGCCACAGGCAAGGAGCAGGCCAUCCAGUUCAUCGUGGGCUUGGAUCAGCAACAGCAGGCAGACUUGGCCAAGACCAUCCAGCAGCUCAUGGACACUACAGGGAAGAGCGACAAGACGGAGAUUCAAGCAGACGAAACUCCCCUGGAGCUCGUAAGGCGCCUCAGCAACGCGCGGCGCUUCAGCACAGUGCAGCUCGCGGGGAAUGACCCGAACAUCAUCGAGCCCAUGCAGGCUGAGGCUCGGGAGCUCCACCGGGAGCUGGAGCGGUACCUGGGCUCCUUCUCCGACACUAAGCAGGCCCACCAGCGGUUGGCGGAGAAAGUCUCGGAGGCGAAGGCCCAGCUGUGCCAUGAGGCGGAUCGCUGCGUGGACCUCAUCCAGGAGACCGGCCACGGGGCGUAUGACGCACAAGGGGCAAUGGCGACGUGUGCUUUGAAAUAG